AUGGCUGCAAUAGAUUUUAAAACCCUAAAUGAUGUUGAAGUUACAGACUUUUUUAAUUCCUUUGAUAUUGUACUUACUGACUGUGAUGGUGUACUUUGGAUAUAUAUGAGUCCUUUACCAUAUGCUGUAGAAGUAAUAAAUUGUUUUCAAUGUGUUGGAAAAAGAGUUUUUUAUGUUACUAACAAUAGUACAAAAACUAGAGAAGAAUUUGUACAGAAAUGUAAAUUAUUAAAUUUUGAAGCAACAAAAGAAGACAUUUUGUGUACUGCAAAUUUGUCUGCUUGUUAUUUACAAGAUAUGAAUUUUAAUAAAAAGACCUAUAUUAUAGGAUCAGAAGCUAUUGCAAAGGAAUUAAGUGAGGUUGGUCUUUCAAGCAUUGGAGUGGGACCAGAUCCUGUUAAUACAAAUGUUCCUUAUAAUACAUUUAAAAAGGAUCCUGAAGUGGGUGCAGUUAUAGUUGGUUUUGAUGAGCACUUUAGUUAUCCCAAGAUGGUAAAAGCAGCUUCUUAUUUAAGUGAUCCUAAUGUUCAUUUUAUUGCAACAAAUACAGAUGAAAGGUUUCCUGUUGCAAACAGUGUUGUCAUACCUGGUACUGGAACUUUGGUACGAUGCAUAGAAAGUUGUUCAGAGAGACAAGCUGUGGUAAUAGGUAAACCAGAGCGUUAUUUAGCAGACAUGCUGAUAAAACGAUUUAAUGUCAAUCCUAAACGUACAUUAAUGAUUGGUGAUCGGCAUAAUACAGAUAUACUAUUAGGAACUCGGUGUGGAUUUAAAACAUUAUUAGUUCUAACUGGAAUUAAUACUUCUGCAGAUAUAAGUAAGUGGAAACAGUCAGAAUGUGCAGAGGAGAAGGACUUCAUUCCUGAUUAUUACAUUGAUGGAAUUGGCGAUCUUUUACCUUAUUUACAAAGAUUCAAAAAUAAAUGUGCAAUGCAAUGUGCAUAA